GCAUGAAUUAUUAUCUGACUCGUGUUGUGUCACACCUUUGUGUUACAGCAUUUUAUGUUUCUUAGAUUCUUAAAGCAGAAUUACAAGUUUUUGCACCCAACAACUUUUCCUCUACACUAACUUUAAAUCAAGGUUCAUACAAAUGCACUUUUGAGGCCCAGUUACAGGUUUAAUUUCUCCUGGUAUCUGCGUUGUUCGGGCUCAUUCGUGUUCCGGUUCGGUGCCGUGUGGACGCCGUCCGUUUAAAGCCCGCUCUGACCUGGAAGUCCGCGUGGAGAAGCGGGCGGUGCCGUCGUUCUACAUCCGGUGCGCUCGCACUUUUUAACGGGCACCGAAGGCGGACGAGCAGCGAAGAAUGGAGCGGGCUGCAGCCUCUGCGCCGCCGUCAGCGUGAAGCACCGCAACAACAAGCGACGCCGAGAAGCUCGCAGCGCGGCCCGGACGCUUGGUGGGCGGGCGGCGCGACGGACGGACGGACGGACGGAACCGCGGUGUCGGCAGCGUGCGGGUCUCCGUCGAAGCUCUUCUACUUUCUGACAAAUGUUGAGGCCACAGAUCAGCCUGUACGACUUCUGCUAGCGGUGCCAGGCUGAGGACAAGGCGACUGUAGCUCGGCUCUAGGAGGUGUCGUCUCAUGAGAGUGGCUGUGCCGUGCAGGCGCUGCCAGUGACCGGGGCUGUGGAGGGCCUGGCCCACGAGGCCUUUCUGAACAUCGCUCCGGGCUCCCACUGUCCUGUGCUGCUCACACCAUGGAUCAACAAAGAGAUAAAUAUGGUGAGCGGCCCGCCAGGAGCACCAAGGUUUCCCAGGGAAGCCGAAGCGGACACCCGUCCCGACCGUCCGGCUCCUCCGGCUCCUCUGGGGUCCUCAUGGUGGGGCCAAAUUUCCGCGUGGGCAAGAAAAUCGGCUGUGGAAACUUUGGUGAACUGAAGCUCGGUAAAAACCUCUAUACCAAUGAGUAUGUAGCUAUUAAACUGGAACCAGUGAAGUCGAGGGCACCGCAGCUGCAUUUAGAGUACCGGUUCUACAAAACGCUGGGAACCACAGCAGAAGGAGUGCCCCAGGUGUUUUACUUUGGGCCCUGUGGGAAGUACAACGCCAUGGUUCUGGAGCUGCUGGGCCCGAGUCUAGAGGACCUCUUCGACCUCUGUGACAGGACCUUUUCACUGAAGACCGUCUUAAUGAUCGCAAUUCAACUGAUUUCUCGAAUGGAGUAUGUUCACUCUAAAAACCUCAUCUAUAGAGAUGUAAAGCCUGAAAACUUCCUCAUCGGACGACAAGGGAAUAAAAAGGAGCAUAUUAUCCACAUCAUUGACUUUGGCCUGGCUAAAGAGUACAUUGACCCUGAGACCAAAAAACACAUUCCGUACCGGGAGCACAAGAGCUUGACUGGCACCGCCAGAUACAUGUCCAUCAACACACAUUUAGGCAAAGAGCAAAGCCGGCGGGAUGAUCUGGAGGCCCUAGGCCACAUGUUCAUGUACUUCCUUCGUGGGAGUCUACCAUGGCAAGGACUAAAGGCAGACACUUUGAAAGAGCGAUACCAGAAAAUUGGAGACACAAAAAGAAAUACUCCCAUCGAGGUCCUCUGUGAGAACUUCCCAGAGGAGAUGGCCACUUACCUGCGAUACGUGAGACGGCUGGAUUUCUUUGAAAAGCCUGACUAUGAGUAUCUGAGGACUCUGUUUACUGAGCUGUUCGAAAGGAAAGGAUACACCUUUGACUACACCUACGACUGGGUUGGCCGACAGAUCCCGACUCCAGUGGGCUCUGUCCAUAUAGACUCUGGUGCAUCUGCUGUCACGAGAGAGAGCCAUGCUCACAGAGACCGUCCCUCACAGCACCAACCAAUUAGAAACCAGACCGCCGCCUCCGACCGACGAGGAGCAUGGGAGGUGCAGCCCACACGCCAAGCAAACUCCUCCUAUCUGACCUCCCACCUGGCAGCGGACAGGCACGGGGGCUCAGUGCAGGUGGUCAGCUCGACCAAUGGGGAGCUGAACGCAGACGAUCCCCUGGCUCAUUCCAACGCUCCCAUCACAGCUCAGGCAGAGGUGGAGGUGGUCGACGAGGCCAACUGCGUGAAAAUGCUCAACCUGUGGUGCUGCUGUUUCUUCAAGCGAAAACGGAAGAAGAACACACAGAGGCACAAAUGAUCGUCCGCCACCGGCCUGAAUGUUCCAAGAGACCGGCUCAGUUGAUUGUCAUUAGAGAAAUCACACAGGCCCCUUUCAGAAAUAAAAAGGGAGGCAACAGAAAGAUGGUGAUUGAAUCGUCGACCAGUCGACUGGGUCGAGGUGAACAGGACACUUGGCUUUAGAUGAGGAGCCCCUUUUUUUGUCCCUUGUUCAAAAUGCGUGGGAAUGUUUUGCAGGCCAGUCGCCGACCCGGGAACUUUCUGUUGGAAUUUUGCAGAGGAUAAUCCUGAAGACACCGUUUUGUAAUAUGUGUUUUUCUCAUUUUUUUAAAUUCUUGUUUCUCUUGUGAUUUUGCAAAGCAAGAGGCCGACCCUGCUGUGGAAUCUCGCCACCUUCCCGUUCUAUACUACGAUCUCUCUGUUGGACUCGCGUCAUGUUUUCAGUUCCUCUCUGUCGAGUCCCACUGCGCUGCUUUGCCCGUUGUCUGUUGCCGUCUCAUUUCCACACAAAGCUCUCUUGGUCAUUCCUGACAUGGGAUUGAAUGUAAAUCUACAGACAGGGAGCGUCGAGUGUUGAUGCAUCCAUGUGGCUCCUGGACUUUUUCCCAUGAGGCACUGGGGCCGGGCCUGAGACGACGGUGGACCAGAGGUGCCUCCUGCAUGGGGUCCUCUGACGAUGACGUCUGGGUCGAAUCACUCUGCUGGACCCAACCGCUCUCCAGUCACACUACAGUCUCUCAUGCAGUUUUGCUCUUGUUGGCUUUGUGACAUUGAGCAGCAACCUGACACUUGUAGGAAAAAGAAAAGUAUACUAUUUAUGAUAUUUAUCUCUUGGCUGCCACCAGAUUUCUUACUAAUUGUUAACAUACACACUGAAUGUAUGGACAGAAACAGAGCCUUCAUUUAAACAUGCACAUGGGAAGAAGUUUAAAGCCAAUGCUUUAAAAAAGGAAACAAAGACCAAAACCGGGUGCUUUGGCGAUUGAAUCACAGCUUCUCAACGCUACUGUCCACUGCCUUAACCACAACCACAACACAUCACCAGUUGGAUACACAAGGCAGCAUGAGGCUUUGUGCAGCGCAGUCCCUACGGUCUCCAAGAAGCCCAGAGCUUCGGCAUCAGAGCAGCGGCUUCCGUUGUAACCAUGAUUUUCCACGGGAUCGAAGCCAAAAGGGAAGUUUGGUGAAACAACGGCGUAGAGCUCCCUGUCCCGUCCUGUCCCAAGACCUUUGUGCUGCAAAGCGGCAUCUUUUGGUCCCGUGUCCUCGAAGGUGAGGGCGGAAACCAAAUGGAAGUGAGCGAUGGCGGUAACGUGAACUCGUCCGCACCAGUUGUUUUUUUUGUUUUAUUUAGUGUCAUGGAGGACUGCCUUGAAACAAUAUCCUCAAUACAUCAGCUUGCCUAUCCUCCUAAUAACAAGUGAAUCUCCAUACACGUUUUAUUUUUCAUUUUAUAUCUUGCUAAUGUGAAUUUCUUGAAUGCAAUUUUUGUUUCUUCAUUCCAAAUAGCCAUGGUUUUAUGGGGAAAGAGAGGGUAACAAAAAAGCUCCAACCCAUGUCUGCACUACAUUUGUUGACCCUGGCUUUCCCAGACAAAACCCUGCCUUCUUAAUAUUGUACUUUUAAAUGUGCAUAUUACUUUAUUGUAGUUGCCUCGUGUGCUAGGCCUUCCCUAUAGGGUGCGGGGACACACCUGCUCAGUUCUUGUUGGUUUUGUGCCAUGACAGACUCCUCAUCCUGUGUGUGCGUACACACACACACACAGUCCUAAAUGGUUGAUGCUCAGUAGAGUGUUAAUUCGGCAUGUUGUGGAUCUGCUCCAUCAUCUAACGACGUUGUAGAUGCGAACGAAUGAACGAACUCGGUGAAUCCGUAUGUAAACCUGCUUGUUGCGCGUAUUUACACUGUAUAGGUUUAUUCUUGCCCCUGACUUGUCAGUUACUCCAGGGUCUAAGUUAUUGUUAUUGAAAGUACUUGAAUAUGAAAAUCUACGGGAGCUUUUUGUGCGUUUCUUUGUUCAUUUUCUUCAUCAUUCUGCUAAUUAGGAUUUGAGGUGGGAGCGCUUUUGGAUGGUGUCUGUUUCUUUGAGACGUCUUAGUGCCUCGAGUGCGUUGGACAGGUGCUGUCAUGGACUCGCCUGUGGGGGCGAAUGACCAGGUGAGGCGUUUGGAGUUCGGUUCCGCAGGUGUGGAGGUUAAGACCCUCACGUUGUGCUGACAGAUGAAUCGCCCCAUUAUUUGACAGCGAACCUGUGACGCCUGCUGCUGGUUAAGCAUCAGCGGCACAUGAAUUGUUUAACUCCAGCAAAUUAGGAAAACCAAGUAUUCGUGUAGUGAGCUGAAUUGCAGCAUUAGAGCCUCCAGUAUUGGCCCCCUCCUACUUUUCCCGAGUGCCAUUCCUGAGACUUCUGCUCACUUUCUGCCGGUGCCAGGAACACAUGAAGUUGUUGGUUUGCUUGUUUCACCACCACAUUCCACUUCUCGUCCAUCAUUUUAAAUAGUCGCAGAGCAACGCGGCUCGUUUCAGUACCAAGGAGUGUUGGGACAGGUUUUUUUUUUUUUUUUUUGGCAAAUGUGUGUUGACAUUUCUGUUGAUUUCUCACUUUUGUCAUAACUCAAAUGAAACUGACACCAUUUUAUCAUAUUUAUUACUCUGGCGGUAACUUUGUGACCGGUCGUCUGCUUCCUUCUUAAACCGUGGGUCGUCUCGCUCUUGGCUCAUGGAUGACAUGGAUGAUAUAUUCUGAAGUAUUUCCGUUUCACUCUUUAGGCCUUGUACAGAGCCAUAUAUUAGUACUAGUGUAUGAUUUUCAUCUGCAUGGCUUAUCUGGAGAGCGGGGCGAUCAGUCUCUGCUCCCAUGAAUAGGGCUCAGGCACUGUUUGCUCCAUAAGGAAUAAUGGCUUCCAGUCCUCACGUAAAAUAAAUAACACGUCACAUUUCACUUCUUUUUUUUUUUUGAAUGUUUGCUUCAGUCAGUGUUUGUGUUUUUGGCUUCGGUUGUGUGUUACUCAUUCCUGUGUCCAAGCGAAGAGUGGUUGAGGUAUGAAUCAAUGGCUUCUGUCCUUUUUGGUUCUCUGGCACUUUCCCCUUGUUGCUGUACUGUAGAACUGUCUUGGAUUACUGUAUAUUUUCUUUAAGGGAGAGGGUUUUAGGUGACAUUUACUGCAAUAUUGUGGUGAUUAUUUGAAAUUGUAAACUGUACAGCGUUCACAACUGUAGUCUGUUUUUGUUUUUUGUUUUUUUGUUGGGAUUUCAUAUAAAAGAUGUAUUCCUAGAUUCUUUUUUUUCCUGACUGUGGAAAAUCAAAUUGUACAGCUCCAAGAGUUUAUCGUCCCCUCAGCAUUGUUUUUAUUUUUUCCUUUUUUUUUCAGAGCUAUGAUUAAGAGAAAUCUUAAAACUGUAAAUAAAUAUUAUUGUGUUAAAAUAUGAAUGUCACUUCAAAAAUGUAUUUGAAUGAGUUUGUCAAGGGCUUCAAGAAUGAAGGACCCUCUUUUUUUUUUUUCCUGUUUUAUGGUUUCAUGCUUUUAAUUUGCAGAAAGGUAAAGGUCCUUUUAGCAAAAAUGCCUAUGUUUUUUUCUUUUUCCUCGUUGGACUCAAAAUACAAUUUGUCACACAUGAACCUUAUAAAAUCACUUUUUAUUCCCUCCACACCUAAAGGGAAACUCCGGUUUGCACCCUUUUUUAUGUAAAAUAAAGGAUCUCUCCACUUUGUGGGAAUAUCUUC